AUGCAUUACCCAAGGACUGCUGCCGCGGACAUCGACAGUCAUGCAAGACGGUACAAAGGCAUGCACGACGAGCACGAAGCUACCAUCAGUCAAUGUGGAUUCUGCUCCACAUACGCUGCCCCGGACGGCAUUGCAUUGAAAGCAGGUGGAGAGGAGGAGGCGUGGCGGCCGGGUGGGGAGGAGAGGACAGAGUGGUGGGUGAGAUGCAUGCAUGUGGCCUAUGUGCUCUGA